CCUCCCACUUUCUACAAAUUAUUCGCAGGUGUCAGGAAAGGUGUUGGCAGACAUCCGUGCAGAGAAGCUACCCAGACCGCCGCUGUUUCGUUACGAGUGGCACGAGCACAAUGGAUUGUGAUGCGUCGUAUGACAGCAUUCGCAGCAUUGCCGUCCUGACCUGCGUAUUUGGCUGUGCGGGGAACGGUUGCAUUAUCUGGCUGCUUGGCUUCUGUAUUAAAAAAACCGCUUUCAGCAUGUAUGUUCUGCAUUUGACCAUGGCGGAUUUGGGGACUGUGACAUUUUUGGCCGUGUCCCUGAUUCUCAUAGCGGGUGAUUCCUUCAACAGACCCUCAAGUGUUUUCCUGCUCAACCUCUUCCUCGCGACAUGGAUGGCCGGUUUGUGCUUCCUGAUCACCAUCAGUACGGAGAGGUGCGCGUCGGUUCUUUUUCCGCACUGGUACCAGCGCCGUCGGCCCAAAUGCCUCUCGACCAGGUUGUCCUUCGUGGUCUGGAUGCUGUCAGGCAUGUUUUACGGCAUGGAGGUUUCUUUUUACCUGGUUUAUGGGGUGCCGCUGGAAGCCGUCACCCUGAUCACGUCCUUUGUGAACUUUUGGAUCUUGCCUUCGCUCGUGGCUAUCUGCGCUUUUGUUCUGCUCAUCGGGCUUUGUUGCCGACACGGGAAACAUCCUCUCGGGAGUCUAAACAUGUUAAUUAUUUUAAUGCUCGUUUUCUUCCUCGUCCUUGGUGGUCCGUGUGUUGUUGUCUACUCCCUGUGUCCCUCUUGUUUGUGGUUUGCGUUGUCCGAUCUCUUCUUUGCCAUGAAUAGCAGCAUCAGGCCGAUAUUUUAUUACUUCUUAGGAAAACAGUGGAAGUGUCGCUCCACAGAACCCCUGAACCUUGAACUCCAGAGGAUUUUCCAGGAUGAAGGAAAUGCCACAGAGGGCGGAGAACCGAUGAGGGUGAACCUAGCCGAAGAAACGUGCAGUGUCCAAACGGCAUAA